UCAUCAUGUAUACCAGUCUGGCACCAAAACAAAAUACACUCACUGGAAUAACAGAUUCUUCGCUAACCUGACGCGCUAUUUCUCUCUCCCCCACGUUUGCUGGCAAAUCUCACGCCCCACCUCAGAAUUCAUCUCCACCGCUCUUCUCUCUCUUAUAUCCCACCUCCCGCCUUUCCAUCCCCCCAACAGUAGCAAAUUUCACGGCUACUCUCCGGCGGCCAGGUCUCCCGUAUCUGGCCAUCGUACGUAGACCCGCCAUAUCGUCGCCGUGAUCUGUCUCCACUUGCCUUGCGGUUCUUUUCAGGGCUUUUAUCCCCACACUUUUCUUCUUCUGGAAGUCUUGUAUGAAGGGAGCCUGAUAGGUUCAGCAACUCCUUGCCUCUACUUGAAGUUGUGAAGUCUUGGUGAUGGGCGUUACAGAAAGUCCUGUACAUGACAAAGCAGAUUAUCUUCCAGGCGAAGCAAAGGAUAUUUUAAAAUCAUUGGCCAGUAAAUGGGAUGAUGUUCUUGAUGCCAAUGAAUUGCAGGUCAUUCCUCUUAAGGGGGCCAUGACAAAUGAGGUAUUCCAGAUAAAAUGGCCAACAAAGACACAAGAAGCCUCACGAAAAGUUCUAGUAAGAAUUUAUGGUGAGGGUGUGGACAUUUUCCUUGACAGGAAUGAUGAGAUUAGGACAUUUGAAUGUAUGUCUAAGCAUGGGCAGGGGCCUCGUCUGCUAGGACGGUUUGCUAAUGGUCGUGUUGAAGAGUUUAUCCAUGCACGGACAUUAUCAGCAUCUGAUCUGCAUGAUUCCAAUAUCUCUUCUCUUAUAGCGGCCAAAAUGAAGGAGUUUCAUGACCUUGACAUGCCUGGUACAAAAAAAGUCCACCUCUGGGACAGAUUACGGAACUGGCUUGGUGAGGCCAAGCGUCUGUGUUGCCCUAAAGAGGUUGAAGCCUUUUAUUUGGAUACAAUUGAAAAGGAAAUAUCUAUGUUGGAAAAGGAGCUUUCAAGUGCUCACCAACGGAUUGGGUUUUGCCACAAUGAUUUACAAUAUGGUAACAUAAUGAUUGAUGAAGAGACCAAUUCUUUGACCAUAAUAGAUUAUGAAUAUGCAAGUUAUAAUCCUGUUGCGUAUGACAUAGCAAAUCACUUUUGUGAGAUGGCUGCCAACUAUCAUACAGAAACACCUCAUAUUUUAGACUUCACUAAAUAUCCUGAUCUAGAAAUGCGGCAAAAUUUUGUGUAUGCAUAUUUGUGUUCUUCAGGUGAAGAACCUAGUGAAAGUGAAGUGGAGCAUCUGCUGCAUGAAAUUGAGAAGUAUACGCUCCCAAAUCAUCUCUUUUGGGGCAUUUGGGGAAUAAUUUCGGGACAUGUAAACAAAAUCGACUUUGACUACAAGGAGUAUGCAACUCAGAGGUUUCAAGAAUACUGGUCAAGGAAACCUUUUGUUUUGGGCUCUGUUGGUCCUUCUCCAGAAAGCGUGAUUGACGAUACCAUGGAGAAAUUAAUGAGUAAAGAAAGCACAGCCAAGGGCCACCAUCAUGGACAUAGGCAUCUGCACUCCAGAAGGUUGAGGAAAUUUCUGAAUCUGGCAAUGUUUAGGUCCAAACACAAGCACUAACAGACAGUCUUUCACUCAUUUGUGGGCUUCUCAGGCUUGUGCCUCAGCCUCUGUGCACAAUUGAGACUAUCCACACAGCAAGAAAGAAAGAAAGAAAGGCACAUAUUUGUUUGAUUGUUUCCAUAACCAAGUGUGUAUAUUCAACUGUCUAAUUGGUUUAUCA